AUGCCUGACCGUUCAGAUUACGCAAUUCAAACACUAGGAAAUGAUACAUACUCAAAGCUCAAACAGUCUAGAGUUCUCAUGGUUGGUGCCGGUGGCAUUGGCUGUGAACUACUUAAGAAUCUGGUUCUGCUAGGUUUGGGUGAAAUCCAUGUUGUCGACUUAGACACUGUUGAUUUAAGCAACUUAAACCGCCAGUUUCUCUUUUCUCGAGAGCACAUCAAACAGCCCAAGGCAGUUGUGGCUGCUCAAACUGCUUCCAAAUUCAACCCUUCAGUCAAGAUUGUUCCUCAUUUUUCAGAUAUUAAAAACACUACACUUUUCCCCUUGAACUGGUUCCGUUCUUUUGACGUUGUUUACAACGCCCUUGAUAAUAAAGAUGCACGAACCUAUGUUAACCGAAUGUGUCUAGUUACCAACACGCCACUUAUUGAGAGUGGAACUGCAGGAUACCUUGGCCAAACUCAGGUCAUCAUCAAUGGUAAGACAGAGUGCUACGAUUGCAGACCUAAACCCACACCUAAGUCUUUUGCUGUAUGCACUAUUCGUUCUACUCCUUCACAACCAGUUCAUACUGUUGUUUGGGCCAAGAACUUCCUAUACGCUCAACUGUUUGACGUUUCUGAUGAGGAUCAUAGCGACGUUAUUGAUGAGACCACCAAUGAAGAGAAUGCUGAGGAAGUUGCGAAUUUGAACAAGGAAGCAAACGAGCUUAAGGAAUUGCAUGCUGGCCUUUUAGAAGAUGAUUUUGCUAAAAAGGUUUUUGAAAAGGUUUUCACGACUGAUAUUGAAAGAUUGGUAUCAAUCGAUAGCAUGUGGAAAAUGCGAAAACCACCGACUCCUUUGUUUUACGAUAAGCUUUUUGAAGAAAUUACCAAGGAAGAAAAAGAUAUUAAAUCAUUGGCCGAAAAGGCUCUUAAAGCAGACCAAAAUAAUUGGACAAUUGCCGAAGCGUUUGCAGUAUACAAGGAUGCUACAGACCGCCUCCAAAAACGUAUCAAGGAUAAUGAUGGCAAGCCCAUUUCCUUUGAUAAGGAUGAUGAAGAUACUCUCGACUUUGUUGUUGCUACUGCCCAGCUUCGUUCCUAUAUUUUCCACAUUCAAACCAAAUCAAAGUUUGCAUUCAAGCAGAUUGCUGGAAACAUUAUUCCCGCUAUUGCAACAACCAACGCAGUCAUUGCAGGGCUAUCAGUGUUACAGUCUAUUAAAAUUAUUUCUGCUUUGGAUUACUCUGACCGUAGCCACAAGUCCCUUGAUGUUAUUACAGACAAAGUCCUGAAUGGUGUUUCAACAGUCUUCUUAUCUGCAGAACCAACGGCCGUUUUCUCUCUUGAACGCACAACUAGCCCUGAACCUGAAUGCAUUGCAUGCAGUGUUUCCCGUGCAAUUAUUUCUAUUGAUCUCAAUAAGACUGUUUUGCGUGAUAUUGUUGAAACAUUGCUUGACAAAAACUGGAGUUAUUCGCCUGAAGUUUCGAUGGUCACUUCUGAUUUGAUUUAUGACCCUGAUUUUGAUGACAAUUUGGAUCGUACACUUGCUGAUCUCGGAGUGAAACCCAGUGGCUCUAUCACUGUUAUGGAUGAAGCUGACGAACAUGAUGACGAAGAAGGGUCUCGCGCAAACGUGGAGUUGUAUUUUUUGCAAGCUGAUGAUGUGGAUUCUCAGGAGAUUCUUAAAGGCUUCCCCAAGAUUACUUUUCACAAAAAGGUUGUUGAGAAGGAAAAAACUACUGAAGAGCAAGUUGCUGGGACAAAGCGAAAGCUUGAAGAUGAUGAUAGUGGUAAUGUGGCCAAGAAAAUUAAAUCUGUGAACCAAAAAGACGAUGGAGUUAUUGAAAUAGAUUUGAGCGAUGACGAUAACGAUGGAAUUAUUGAAAUCGAGGACGACGAAGUUGUUGUUCUUGACGAUUAA